CCAAAUACGAAAACUCGGAAGCAACCUUUGAAGAAUCAUAAAUAAAACAUCAUGUAGACAAUUACUAAAUAGAUGUGAACAUGGAUGACACAGAGAGAAAAGAACGUGGAAGUUUUCCAGAUAAGCCUACAUCAAUUGAAGAUUUCGUUUUUCUGAAGCCUAUCAGCAGAGGUGCCUUUGGGAAAGUGUUUCUUGGACACAAGAAAAAUCAAGACGACAAGAAAUAUGCCAUCAAAGUGAUGAAGAAGUCCGACAUGGUUAACAAGAAUCUGGUGAGCCAAGUGUUAACAGAGAGAGAUGCCUUGGCCUUAUCCAACAGUCCAUUUAUUGUACAUCUUUACUAUUCCCUGCAGUCUCAGAACAACAUUUUCCUGAUAAUGGAGUAUUUAAUUGGUGGCGAUGUUAAGAGUCUGUUGGCAGUCUAUGGUUAUUUUGAUGAAGAAAUGUCUCGGAUUUAUGCGGCAGAGGUUACCCUGGCUCUGCAAUAUCUACAUUCCCAUGGAAUCAUACACAGGGAUCUGAAGCCUGACAACAUGUUGAUCACCAGUAAGGGGCACCUGAAGCUGACAGAUUUUGGACUCUCUAAGAUUAACUUGGAUGACGGAAAUGGCCCACCAGAAACACACACAACCCCCCUCCCCUACAGUAAAAUGGCUGGUAAUUUGAGGACACCUGGUCAGAUAUUGUCACUCAAAAGUAACCUAGGAUUUAAUCUUCGUUCCAUAAAGAAACACAAACUGAGCUCCUUGUUGGAGGAGAGUGGGUCACCAAAGUCGUUUGGUUCCAUUAAAUCCCUCAAUUCACCAUUAUGUCAGUCUUCGGCCAAACCAAUGUCACUACGGGACAGAGUGGUCAGCCAAAGCACCAUGGCUAGGGUUACCCCACCCAUCAAAAGCCUGACCCCCACCCUCCAGGACUCCCUCAACUGGAGUCACUCUAACCUGAGUGAGUCCAGCCACCUCCACAUCGAGUCUACUCGACUGUCUAGUUACCACAGUCAAAGCCAUUCCCUGCCCAUGCUGAAACUGUCGGCUAUUGAGGAAAAUAAAGGUUCCUCCAUAAUGUCUUGUGAAGAGAGUGUGUUUAAUUCAAGUGUGGAACUCUCUGUGUCUGCAAAGAGUGGUGACUCUGUGUUUGACCCUUGUCAGUCAGGACAUCACAGUUGCCAUGGUGAUUCCUUAACAAACCAUUGUGGAGAAGGACAGGCUGGUUGUCAUGGCAACUGUUGUAACAGUCAUUUGAAGGUUCCAUCACGACAGGAGAGUAUUCUGGAUGAUACGCCUCAGAUGCAUCGGACGGACGAGUCUGUCUGGAACUCGUACGCAGCACGGAAUCUACGCUCCAUGCGGUACGGAUCGUACUCGGAGGACAGUGAUGAGGAAGACAGUGUAGAAUCUGAUACAAGAUCAAGGGGUAACUCCUCAACUAAGUAUCCAACAGAGGGACAGGAUCUGCAUGUUAAAAUGCAACCAAGGAACUCUACCAAAAAGAAAAGAGAACUAAAUGUAGAGAGGAGGGGGGCUGAAAUGUCGGGGAGUGGAUCCUAUAGCUACCACUCAGACGAGGAGACAGAUAUUGAGAUAAACUCCAUGAAGAAAAAUCCAGAUCGGAAAAGGAAAUUUUGUCUGAUGGACACGAGUCCUGCACUUAAACAGAUUUAUCCCCAUAAUUCUGGACUGACACAAGACAUCAAGGUUCUAAAUCUGUUUGGGGAUGAACAUCGACUCAAACGGCAGCAGAUGGAGGGAGCUGGUGACUUCAGUAGGAAAAAAUCAGGGAGUCUAAGUCACAACUGUAAUCACAGAGAUGAAAAUAAUCAGAAAAUCUUAUCUCCUGAAUUACAUACCCCUGGUAAUACACAGAAUGAUCACACAAACAGAAGUACUGUAAAAGUUUUAAAAUUCACAAGUGGAGAGGAGACAUAUGUUACCUCCCUUGAAAAUGGAUUCAUUUCCUCUGAAAAACUGGUUUCCUCCCUUAAACAGGUUAAGACAGCAGAGGAAUCAUCGCUAGUCAUGUCUGGGAUUCAUCAGUUCAACUCCAGUGACCUCAGCGACAGCUCUCCAGAGGCCAAUGAGGUCAAAGGAAAAGAGAGAGUGACAACUAAGGAGGUCCACUUCCGAUUUCUGUCCCAGACGUCAGUGGACAGUCUACCCUCGUCCCUGGCCCCUGUACCAGCCACACCAGAACCAAGGCAACGCAAGAGAGGAGAGUUCCAGACCCCAUGUACUCCAAUGUCAGCCAUGAAAAUAAGUCGCCACCCAGGGACACCAUUCAUACCUAAGACCCCUGCUAGGCAGAUGGUACAAACACCCUUUAUCUCAAACUCCCCUGCUCACCAGAUCAUGGGGACUCCUGCAGGUCCAAGGACUCCAGCCACCAGAAAGACACCUUUUAAAACGCCGCGAAGUGUUAGACGAGGCCCAGCUCCAGUAGAUGAAGAAGACCGCAUUCUAGGGACACCAGAUUAUUUGGCCCCAGAAAUACUACUCCGUAAAAAGCAUGACGAGGCAGUAGAUUGGUGGGCAUUGGGUGUCUGUCUGUUUGAAUUCCUGACCGGUGUCCCUCCAUUCAAUGAUCAGACCCCAGAGCUGGUGUUCCAGAACAUCCUCAAUAGAGAUAUUCCUUGGCCUGGGGAGGAUGAAGAACCAUUAUCUGAGAAUGCCAAGUCAGCCAUUGAUGCACUGCUGACAAUGGAACCUAAAGAAAGACCCAAAGAUAGAGAGGUGAGGAAGCUGGCCUUCUUUGACUCUGUGGAUUGGGAGAACCUCCUGGAGGUAGAACCCCCCUUUGUCCCCCAGCCUGAGGGAGACGAGGACACAACUUACUUUGAAGCACGGAACUCGCAACAACAGCUGAUGGUUUCUGGUAUAGAUCUAUGAAAAAAUAAACAGUAAUGUACACAAAUACAGGAUGGUGUCUGGUGUAGAUCUACGAAAAAUUCACAAAGACUUUUAUAUAAAAUAUUCAGUAAUGUACAUGCUUAGAGGAUGGUGCUGGAUGUUGGAAAUAGACAACAGUAGAUAUAUGUGAUAUUAUUAAUCAGUAUACUACAUUGUACAAAUGUAUAAGCUGAUAUUAUUAGAACACAACACAUUGUUAGUUUGUCUGUUAUGUCUGUUUCAUGUGAACAUGUAUGUAAAAGAUCUGAAUUACUGGGUAUUAGUUUUUGUUUUGUGUGAUAAGCUGAUAAAAUUUAUCUGUAAAAAAUGAAACAUCUAUUAGAAAUCUGCUUUUCAAGUGCAAAAUCAACACAGGUUCUGUUUAAAAAUACAUUUGUAAUGGUUUUUUCUUAGGAAAAUA